AUGGUUUUACUAACAAAUUUAGCUUUCGUUCAGAAGGUCCAAAAGGUUUAUGUAAUUCAUCCAGAACUGAGCAGUAGGCCCGAGCUCUCCAAGAAUGGUUUUGUGACGAAAGGCUUCAUACUUUUCAACGAGAUCACGUAUUUCAAUUGGGGUAUUUUCUGCCGUUACGUUCGCCAAGUCUUCUGGUUUCAAGUUUUUGAUUUCCGUUUUUGUGCCGUUGGCAAUCGUUCAACGUUCGCUAGCCACUCUUGCCGGUUGACUCAAGUGUUACGGGGCACCCACUCGUGUACAUUUUCUCUCGGUCGGUUCAUCAACGUCCUUACCACGAGAUUAGUUCACGGCGCCACCACUAGAGGCGCCGAAUCACCACCGUGUAUGAGCGAGCCGGUCGACGUUUUCGACGGGGAUUUUUUCUUCGGUUGGCUCUGGAGUCCUACAAUGGCUGCCCCCGCUGCUGCCAACACGAGGCCUUUCCGGCCUUACGGCACUGCCCCUCCAUUUGACAUGGAUGAUUACAAAGACUCGUUUGAGAUUUGGCACGCACAAUGGGACAUUUUCCUCGAGCUCUCCACCAUCAACACGGCCCUCGACGCAGCCGACCAGCCACGAUACAAGGCAAACGUCCUCAAGUCGUGCAUGUCGAAGUCUACUCUCACAGUGCUCCUUACUUCCGGUAUGUCGGCCACCGAUCUUCAAGAUCCCGACAAAAUCAUCACGGCGCUCCGGGAUAGAUGCAAUGCCGGCCGUAACUGCCAUGUGUGGCGCCAACAAUUCUCGUCCCGCGUCCAACGAGACAAAGAAGCUAUUGAUGACUGGCUAUGCGAUCUGCGCUCUAUCUCCAGCAAGUGCGAGUUUGGUGCCGACUGUUGUGCUGCUUGUGAACCCACCCGAAUUCUGGGUCAACUCGUAUUCGGCGUGCGCAGCGACGACGACAGGCGGAAGCUGUUAGAGCAAGGGCCCACUUUGAAAUUGGAUGAUGCCCUCAAGACGCUGCGCCUCACGGAAGCUACUCGCAAACAGUCAGCUAAUUUGAAAGGUAGUGACGCCAGUUCCAUCUCGCGGAUGUCUCAAUCCACGUACAAAAAGAACAAAAGCAGCAAUCAACAAAAGAAGGUUUCAUUCGAGUCGAAAACGGAUACACACUCGUCCGCUGCCAAGCGUGGUAGCGCAUUGAAGGUCAGUGGUUGUUUCAACUGUGGUAGCAAGGAACACCACAAGAGGGUGGAUUGUCCGGCAUCCGGGAAAGAGUGUCACGCUUGUGGCAAAAGAGGCCACUUUUCGUCAGUCUGCAGCAAAGAGAAGAACAAGAAGUCGGGCGAUGUACGCUCAAUCAGCGUUCACUCCACUACAGUCGGUGCAGUCACAGCAGCCGAACUCGUCGAUAUCUUCGUCGCUCCAAAAAGUUCUUCAGGAUCUACUGCCCAGGUGCGCUUCCUGCCGGACACAGGGGCUGAACUCGACGCCAUCCCGCGCGAAACGUUUCGCCGAGCCUUUCAAGGCGUCAAACUCGCGCCAGCCGCCUCUCCAGAGACCGCCACAGGAUCGCCGAUCGUGAACGAUGGUACCUUCACUGCUACGCUCAACUGGAACGCAGACGAUGAUUCGAGACGGCCCAUCACGGCAACAGUUCACGUUCUACAAGAUCUUAAGCAGGCCGUGCUCUCCAAAUCGUCUCAAAAGAAACUGGGUAUGUUGCCUGAAUCAUACCCUCAUGCUCGUGUGAGCACGCUCGCCCUGUCGGCCAUCACAGACGUCGAAACGGACACCAGUCCAAGUUCAUCCCUGCUCUUCCCUCACCUCCUCUCGCGCCCACCAGCACCAAUGACGGUCGCAGCGCUCGAGCCAGGCGUCACAGGCGAACGAAAAGCAGCCGAUCUCAAGAACCUUAUGACCGGUUUCCGGGUCAUUUUCGACGGUGUUUGCCGCCCAAUGAAAGGCCCGCCUUGUCACUUCGAACUGAAGGCAGACGCUACACCGGUAUCGAUGCGCGGAUCACGCCCGGUUGCAGUCCCACUCAUGCAGAAGCUCAAAGACGAGCUCGAACUCCAGGAAAAGCAAGGCAUCAUUCGGAAAGUGACUGAACCAACAGCUUGGGUUCACCCAAUGGUCGUAGUGCUCAAAAAGUGCGGCGGGAUCCGGAUCACCGUGGAUUUCCAUUUUCUAAAUGACAAAAUCAUCCGCCCAUGCUUUGAGUCGCCCACCCCGUUCCAGGCCGUGCGCACCAUC